ACUACAAAAUCACGUCUUAAUAUCUGUAGGGAUGAUUAUGUUACAAGCUUGUUCAGCUCUUAUUUCCUAACUAUAUCUCUUUUGAGGAAAAAAAAUCACAGUUGUUGCUUAUAGAAAACGUAUUUGUUGUGUCUUUGGCAGGAUAUAAAUUAAACUUAUAAUAAGAAAAAUGGGUACAUGUAUGUCAACACAUUCAAAAAGCAUUAGGCCAUGGAAGAGGAAAGGCCGUCGCAGAUUUUCCAAACACAUUUCUAAAGUCUCUGAUGUCAUCUCUCAUCCAAAGAUUAGACGGGCAAGUGAUGUCGGAAUCCAAGCCGCUUUCGAUGUUUAUCAAAAUGAUGCUUGGUAUGAUUCUUUAAGUAUGUUUUCGGACUCGGAUGAUGAAUUUAUCAGCCUACAUGAAGUUGUCACUGGAAACAACAAGAAGAAACUAUUGGAUCAUACUGUUGGAAGCUUCAAAAAUUCGAAGGAACAAAAACGCACCUCUCAAGAGAAAACAUUGAAACCUAGCUUGAGCCGGUUGAUACCAACGGUUAGUUUCAACGACAAGACUUUACACUCUCCCACAUCUCAGAAAAGAAAGUCUGCAGUUUACCGGCUUUCAUUCAAGAGGACAUCAUGCGAUGGUGAGGAAGUCGUCGAGCAUAGGUCGUCCAAGAGCUUCUUAUAUCGUCCAAAAGCAGGAUUCACGGUUCCUUGUUUAGCCAAAGAGAAACAACAAUCCUCAGAAACUUGGUGUGAGAUACCUCCUUCAAGUUUUAAACUACGUGGAGAAACAUAUUUCAAAGAUAAACGGAAGACACCAGCUCCAAACAAAUGUCCAUACACUCCUAUUGGUGUUGACCUGUUUGUGUGUCCAAAGAAGAUUGAUCAUAUAGCUCGGUACAUUGAGCUUCCCAACGUCAAAGCCGAGUCAAAGCUCCCUGCUCUUCUGAUUGUCAACAUUCAGUUGCCAACUUAUCCAGCCGCAAUGUUUCUCGGUGAUACUAAUGGAGAAGGCAUGAGCAUUGUACUUUACUUCAAACUACAUGAUGAUUACGAGAAAGAAAUCUCCCAGCAAUACCAAGACAGCAUCAAGAAACUAGUGGAAGAUGAGAUGGAGAAAGUUAAAGGGUUUGCAAAAGACAACAUUGUUUCAUUCCGAGAAAGGCUUAAGAUCAUAGCAGGAUUAGUUAACCCUGAUGAUCUCAGUCUUAACUCCACUGAAAAGAAGCUUAUACAAGCUUACAAUGAAAAACCCGUCCUGUCACGCCCUCAACAUAACUUCUUCAAGGGUCCUAAUUACUUUGAGAUUGAUUUGGACGUUCAUCGGUUUACUUUCAUAUCAAGAAAAGGGCUUGAAGCAUUUCGUGAUAGACUUAAAAAUGGAACUCUUGAUCUUGGCUUAACUAUCCAGGCUCAAAAACAGGAGGAGUUACCAGAAAAAGUCUUAUGUUGUAUAAGGCUUAGCAAAAUUGACUUCGUUGACCAUGGCCAGAUCCCAACGCUUUUAAUCCCUGAUAAAGGAGAAUCUCUUGAUUGAACCAGAAACAGUGUGAAUUGAUUUCACUGAAUUUGUUGUGCAUUGACGAGUUGUGUAACACUAAUAUAUAUAUAUUAUUAUCCAU